UUGAGACCCCUAACUGGACUCCUCGCAUGUCGCUGAUCUCGUGGGACUUUGCAGCGACAACUUCGUUGGUCGGUCACGGACGUCACCGGAUGUGAUAUCUUGCCUUUUUGUUCGGUCUGUCUCUAGGUGUCGCCGAGUGUGAGAGGUAGCAAAGUUUUUGUGUCAUACAGCCUGCUAUAAUUAUUUGCGAAGCAUGGAUUCAGGUGUUGGAUUAUUUUCCAUGUUCUGUCACUUUUUUGUGAGGUUCAGAAUCCAUCAUGUUUACAAAUAAUCGAAGACAAGUAGAGCGUACAGGAAAAUAUGGCACUCCAAGGUUGCAAUAUCUUCAGGAAUUGGUUAGUCAAUUUCAGAAUACAACAGAUGAAGAUCAGGCAAAUGCUGCAAUUAUAACUCAGUGUGGGGGGAUUCCUCUUAUGAUGCAAUGUUUAUCUAGCCCUGUCAGAAAUCAUGUGAAUUAUGCUCUAGGGACUCUGUAUUAUCUCUGCGACGCAUCUCAUAAGGAAGAGAUUUUGAAGCCAGAAGUAGUUGAAACCAUAAAAAGAUAUGCUGCAACUGGAGUACUUAGUGUGAGCUUCAGCAAUCUAGCCAAAGCAUUCUUGGACAAGCAUGUCCCAGAAUAGAUUACAUGUUGCACGUAUGGUCAACACUUGACACGUCUAUUUUGCUUUCAGAAAUGCCCCCUCAAGGUGCUCUAAAUGGUACUGAAUAGGGUAUGUGUCCAGCGUUGAGGAUAUGUGCAGUAGAAUUGAACUUGAUUUCUAGUUGGGCCAACCAUGAUUCAUUCUUGGUUGACAAACCUAUAUAUUUGUGCCAAUGUAGGAUAAUGUGGCAAUUUUGAUUGUUGUGUGUUUUUUUUUUUUUUUGUGGUGCAAGAUUGUUGGAUGUUUAAGGGGCUGGUUUCUCGAAAAGGUAUCUGAUGGGAUCCAUCCUUGAGAUCAAGUGCACCGGAUAGGAAACCAUAUAGUGUCGCAACCUUUUGGUUGCCCAAAUCAAUAAAGCACAAGUUCUUUCCAAAGA